AUGGGUCUGUCUACCAGGACGUUGCUCCUGGCUUUGGUCAUCGGCCUACUCGCCGUCCUUUCGUCCUCAUCAUCCUUCGUUGCCGAUGCUCAGCCUCAGGCAGCUCAGGACCUGCAGAAAAAGGUCCAGCGCCUGCAAGCUAAGGCACAGAAGAAUAAAGGCAUCAUCGAGCUCGACACGAACGCGUUUGAAGAAGUUAUGGCCAAGCCCAGGAACUACUCCAUGGCUGUUCUUUUCACUGCUAUCGGCCCCGAGUUCCAAUGUGUCCCUUGCCUAAACUUUGAUCCCGAGUACAAACUUGUGGCCGCUGGCUGGUCCAGGCUGCCUGACAAGUCCAAGGUCUAUUUCGGUGUUCUCGACUUCAAGGUCGGCCAGGCAAUCUUCCAAAAGUUUGGUAUGAACAGUGCUCCCUCGGUCCUUUUCUUCCCACCCUCGGACUCUAUCUCUAGUCAGCCAAGCCAAGACCGCUACGACUUUUCUAAAAACGGCUUCCUGGCAGAGCCAUUUGCAGUUUGGUUGAACGGCAGAGCAGGAAUUAAUGUCAAGGUCCAGCGCCCUUUUGACUUUGCCGCGUUCGCUGUCAAGGCAUUUGCUGCCCUGCUUGUGAUUGCCUCUGGAAUUUUGAUCUACGCCAAGGCGGGCAAGGUUUCGACCAGCAAGUAUCUGUGGUCUGCGAUUUCCAUGUUCACGAUCUUUAUCAUGAUCUCAGGACACAUGUGGAACCAGAUCCGCAACCCGCCUUACACCGUUCCCGGACGCGAUGGUCGGCCUGGAUUCAUUGCUCAAGGAUUUCAGAACCAGUUUGGACUCGAGACUCAGAUCGUGGCCGUUAUCUAUGCUAUUCUCACUGGAAGUGUCAUCUCGCUGAUCGGCAUUGUCCCAAGAAUCGAGAACCCGACGAUGCAGAGGGUGGCUGUUUGGGUGUCGAUGGGUGUGUUUGCGUUCAUGUUUAGCAUCCUGCUCCAGUUCUUCAAGGUCAAGAACCCGGGCUAUCCUUUCACCCUGAUGUUCAAAUAA